AGUGUCUCCAUAGCGGAACGGACGGGGGGUGUGCGGUCAGUCUCUCGCUGGGCGCAGCGGGCACCAUGGUGGAGGAAGUGCAGAAACACUCUGUGCACACAUUAGUGUUCAGAUCCUUGAAGAGAACCCAUGAUAUGUUUGUGGCUGAUAAUGCAAAGCCUAUACCAUUAGACGAUGUAAGCCACAAAUUAAAGAUGUCAAUCAAGCUUCGCACAGAUUAUGGUUCUGUGCUGCACAUGCCUAUUCUGAAGGAAAAUUUUAGAGAGAAGGAUUCUCCAAAUCCAGGGGAUCUCUAUGGACAUAAACAGUAUCCUGCAAGUCAAGGACAAGAACUUGAAUAUUUGAUAACAGGUACACAUCCAUAUCCACCUGGUCCUGGUGUGGCUCUGACAGCAGACACCAAGAUCCAGAGAAUGCCCAGUGAAUCAGCUGCUCAGUCCUUAGCUGUGGCACUUCCUCCUUCUCAGUCCAGGUUAGAGGCAAAUCGUACUGCUGCUGGUGUGGGUGAUAUUUACAGACAUGCCGGGAUUCCGGAGCGUGCACAGCCUCCUGGUUUGUCCAUGGCUCUGAUGGAAGCAGGUGGGAACAAAAAUUCUGCGUUGAUUGCAAAGAAAGCUCCAACAAUGCCCAAACCUCAAUGGCAUCCACCAUGGAAACUGUACAGAGUUAUCAGUGGACACCUGGGCUGGGUGAGAUGUAUUGCAGUUGAACCAGGAAAUCAGUGGUUUGUUACUGGCUCUGCUGACAGAACUAUAAAGAUCUGGGACCUUGCUAGUGGCAAAUUAAAAUUGUCUUUGACGGGGCACAUUAGUACUGUACGAGGGGUGAUAGUAAGUGGAAGAAGUCCAUACCUCUUCUCUUGUGGAGAAGAUAAACAGGUGAAGUGCUGGGAUCUCGAAUAUAAUAAGGUUAUUAGGCAUUACCAUGGUCACCUAAGUGCAGUCUACGGUUUGGACUUGCACCCGACAAUAGAUGUGCUGGUAACAUGUAGCAGAGAUUCAACUGCACGAAUUUGGGAUGUGAGGACAAAAGCCAGCGUGCAUACAUUAGCGGGACACACAAAUGCAGUAGCAACAGUGAAGUGUCAAGCUGCGGAACCACAGAUUAUUACAGGAAGCCAUGAUACCACAAUACGACUGUGGGACUUAGUGGCAGGAAAAACUCGUGUCACUUUGACAAAUCACAAGAAAUCUGUAAGAGCAGUUGUAUUGCAUCCAAGACAUUAUACAUUUGCAUCUGGUUCUCCAGAUAACAUUAAACAGUGGAAAUUCCCAGAUGGAAACUUCAUUCAAAACCUUUCUGGUCAUAAUGCUAUUAUCAAUACAUUGGCUGUGAAUUCCGAUGGAGUGUUGGUAUCAGGAGCUGAUAAUGGCACUAUGCAUCUUUGGGACUGGAGAACUGGGUAUAAUUUCCAGAGAGUACAUGCAGCUGUACAGCCUGGUUCUUUGGACAGUGAAUCAGGAAUAUUUGCUUGUGCGUUUGACCAGUCGGAAAGCAGAUUGCUCACUGCUGAAGCUGAUAAAACCAUAAAAGUGUACAGAGAAGAUGAUACUGCGACUGAAGAAACUCAUCCUGUCAGCUGGAAACCAGAAAUUAUCAAGAGAAAGCGAUUUUAAUGAGGCAACAUCUGCAUAGUUAUGCUUUCAUUUUGUUUUGGCUUUCCUGAGAGCAUUAUGUUCUGUAUAGAACUGCAGAGCAGGAACUCAGCUAAAGUCAUUGUUGUUUCACCUUGUUUUACAAUAAAUUUUGUUUCUAUUAGGGUUUUGUCUUUUUUUUUUUUUUUUAAAUAAUAAU